AUAACUGUUUGCGACAAUUUUGGUGUUGAUGGAUUCUUCUCUCUCUAUUAUCCAGACUGACAUAUGGGAGCACCAGAUGCUGAGUCUGUCCAACACUAUUGUGUUGUAUAUGCAUAGUGGAUUCUUUUUUAUCCAGACCAGUUUUCUGUACAUCAUUUGUAAUUUAGCCUGUAAUUUCUGUGUUACUAUUCAUUCCCUCCCAUACUAUUGGGCCAAGAUUUUGGGUAUUGGGGGGGGUUUCUGCUGCAUAAGUUUGAUUUAUUUGGAUAGUAGAGGGUGAGAGGAAAUCAUCGAUACCAAAAUUGUUAUGAUCAGUUAUGUGAAGGUAUACAGAAAAAUUACCAAUUGUAUAAAUAGCCCUAAAAUUCAAUACAAAGGCCGUGCAUCACUGACACUACAAGAAUGGAUACUGAUGGAUGUAUUUGAUAUAUAUGGAUUAUGAUAGUUAUUUUUCAGAAUACCUUCACAUAACCUAUUGUGACAAUUUGGUAUCGAUGGAUUCCUCUCACUCUUUACUAUCCAAAUAUAUUGAAAUUAUGCAGUAGAAAUACCCCCUAUUAGUGCCAAUCUUGGUCUCAAUAAAACGGGAGAGCAUGAAAGGUACCAGGGAAAUUACAGGGUAAAAUAUGAGUAUUAUGAGAGGGAGCUGUACCCCCUGUGACCCCCCCUCCUAUGGGGUUACCGGCCCCAAACUACCACAAUGGAAGACAAAGAAUCCUCCACAUAUUCAUGGCAGAGUAGAGCAUAAAACUGAUAUGUGGGAGUGCCUAUUGGAGAGGUUGGGGGGUUGCAGAGGUUGCAGCCUGUUGCAUUCAGCAGUAUAGUGAGGUAUUAUCUUCAUUAUAUUAUAUUGUUAGUUUACUCUGCAAUUUCUCUGGUGCCUUUCAUGCCCUCCCCUGCUAUCCAUGAUGUGGGAAUUGGGGAGGUUCUGUGGCAUAAUUCUCACAUAUAUUUGUAUUAGAGGGUGAGAGGAAUCCAGUGAUAACAAAAUUGUUGCUAUCAGUUAGGUGAAGAUAUAGUGAAAAAUUAGCAUUGUCAGUGGAAACUAAGUGUAUCUACAAUAUUGGUGCUAGUGAUGGGCAGAUCUGAACUUUUUGGGAAUCAAUUACUUUGAUUACUUUUGUGAGUUUUAUUGCUUUCCCCUGGAAAUAGAUUGUUCAAUAGAUAGAUUAUAGAUUAUAAUGUACACAUUUAUGGUUUUAGUGUGUGUGUGUGUUUGUUUUUGUGUUGAAACAGUUACUGUUGCCCUUUCCCUCCAUAUUUCCCCACCAUCACCCAAACAUCCAGGUGAUAAUUGGCAUGAUGGAGCAAGUUUCAGAAAGAAAAACACAUUUUCCCGCAAUUUUAAGGAACGGGGAAAUCAGGAGCGGUCAUGAUGGCCAACUGAUCAAUUCCUUGCUGGCUGAGCACAUGUGGAGCCAUCUGAAUGGAAUUCACAAAAAACUACAGGGGACAGAGCAUAUAUCCGUUGUCAUUAGGUUAAGAUGUGUCAGCAUGUGUGGAGUAUUACGGAAGAGUAAAAUCCAGUCAAGAUUGUUUUAUUUGUCACCCUAAUGUGUUGAUGUUCCUGAAAUAUCUAUGUAUAUAUACACACAUACACACAUAUAUUUUGUGGACAGAUGUAAAAAGUAAUAGUGUUUUUAAAAGGGUGUGAGUUUCUGCCUUUUAUAUAAAUUUUCAAAGGUAGAAUAUAUUUGUGACUUGAUAUCUAAGCCUACAACAUGGAGCUCAUGUACAAUGUCUUAUGGGGGAUUUAUGUCUCAGUCUUUCUUAUGCUUGUGCUAUUGGCCUCCUUACAUGAGCAUCUUAACCUGCGCAAGCUUUACACUGAAAUCCUGCUCAAGCUCUUUGCCUUUGGCCAAGAGCGUGUAGAGCGAAAGCGAUUCAAGGCAAGUGGCAGUGAGGCAGAUGAACCCGACUCCCCAGUAGAUGAAGGAAAGAGACCCAUCCUCUCACCAGACAAUCCUCAGGCUCUGGGCAUCAGGGAUGAUAUCAAGGGAUUCCACCUUGACUAUGUCCUUGAGUACAUAACUGCAGGGAUGGUGGCUAUCAUGGAUGAUUCCCUAACCAAGUGUUUUGAGCCAGAGGAGCUGCCUGUCUGGAACCUUCUUUCACGCACCAACAACAGAUCAUAUGAGUUUGUCUCCUUCCGGUUAACCAUGUGCUGGAUCCUUGGAUUCUUCUUUAGGUACUUUGUCCUCCUUCCACUGCGAUUGAUUAUCCUCUUGAUGGGGAUUCUGCUGCUGUGCAUCUCCAUGACCUUUGUGGGUAUCUUUCCUGAAGGCAAACUGAAGCGCUGGAUGAAUGGCAAGCUGCUUGUGUUCUGCUUUGAUUUUAUUGCUGGCUCACUGUCCCUUGUAGCCACCUUCUACAAUGAAGAGAACAAGCCAAAGAAUGGGAUUGCUGUUGCCAACCAUACAUCUCCCAUUGAUUCCUUGGUUUUGGCCACCAACAACUGCUAUGAUAUGGUUGGCCAGAAACAUGAGGGGACACUGGGAAUCAUAAUGUCUGUCCUCAGCAGAGCUUCAACGCACGUCUGGUUUGAACGCACAAAUGCAAAGGACAGAUCUUUUGUUAUAAGAAGACUUCAAGAACAUGCACAUGAUCCCAACCUUCCCCCCAUUCUCAUCUUCCCAGAAGGUGUAUGUGUUAACAACACAUCAGUUAUGCAGUUUAAGAAAGGAGCCUUUGAGGUCAAUUCUGUGGUCUAUCCUAUCGCCAUUCGCUUUGAUGCUCGUUUUGGAGACCCAUUCUGGUGGCAGGACAAAUUCUUCCACUUUAUCCUCUACAUGUUGACGUCUUGGGCAAUUGUGUGCAAUGUUUGGUAUCUUCCCCCAAUGGAGAAGAAGCCAGGCGAGUCUGCUAGUGCUUUUGCAGACAGGGUCAAAGCCAAAAUUGCCCAUCAAGGUGGAAUGAUAGACCUUACUUGGGAUGGCUUCUUGAAGUCAAAACCAGUGAAGGAGGAAUGGAAGAAGAGACAACAAGAGGAAUUCGCAAAGCACCUCAAGGCCCAAUAUGGUACUUAUAUCAGUGAUUGCGAUAAAAAGAAGGAAGAAUAGUAAAGUACUUUGUUCGGCCAUUGACUACUGGAUCCUGCCUUCUUAGAAAUUAGAUUCUCAGGAUUAUUUUGCGAAUCCAGUUACUGAAACACAUGACUCCUUAAGAUGUGUGAUGAUGAGAGAUUUAACAGAGGUUCUAUUAUUUUAAAAGAGGACAGCUGCAUAUAGGCUUCCAGAGAUAGAACAGGUCCAAUGUUCGUGUGGACAGCCAUUCUUACUGUCAAUUCCAGACACCAUUAGUGCCUCAGAGUGUGUAAUCAUACAGGAUGCAACUAUGAACUGAUAUGAUUUAAAUUUAGCUUUAAAUUCCAUAUGUUCAUUUAUAUUUGUAUUUGGGAUGUUUUCUUCUCAGAUUUAUUUGUCUGCUGUUGAUGUUUUACAUGUAAUAGAAGUGAUCUGGAAAAUGUAAGACUGUGAUCAUGUGAGUUAGUAUAUAUAGGCUGUGUUUAGGUAGGUCAGUGUUUUAUUAAUAGUAAAUUGGCAUAUCCAGUGUAAGUCUAAAUCUAGGCUCCUGUAGCUUACAUUGUUCCUUUUGUAGUUUCUGUAGACAAAAGCAAUUUUUGUUAAGUUCAAGCCUGUGAAUAAUUUAUAAGGGCAUAAAUUCUUUUGGUUAAGCUUAGUCUGGUAACUGCAUCAUUAUAGCAUUCUGUAGUCUGCGUAGACUGCUGCACACAGUAUUGCUGUUGGAAACAAGUUGUAAUAUUUUUAAUGCAGUAUAAAUUCUUUGUAAAGUUCAGUAACUGCAGUUAGGUACUUGCUAGUUAAAUAAGAUAUAAAUCUAAAAUAGGCUGGCAGGUAAGAGGUUAGAUGUGCAACACAA